AUGGGUGGAAAACACAGCACAGCGGUGAAAACAAGAACGCAAUAUAACGAAACACAUUGGUUUGAAUUUGCUGAUCUUAUUGAUCAUGUAAUCCUGCUGAAAAAGGUUAUUGCACGUCCUCAGCUAACUAAAACUGGACCGGAGCUUGCAUCGGCUAUUGCGUCGUAUUGCUAUCGAAUGGCUCGAGGUGAUAUGUUAUCCAGUAAAUAUCAACAAUCGUUACCCAUAGAAAUUGAUUGGAUUUGGCAUGUUCAUCGUUUACAUCCGGUUGUCUACUAUAAAGAUUGUCGAAAACAGUUGGGACAGAUAGUCGAUAAACAAUGUUAUAAUUUGACGGAAGAUGCCAUAUCUGAUAUAUCUAUAACAUCAGUGUCAUCUCCACAAUUUACGCCAUCAAUUGAUUUAACAAAAGCAGUAUUACGCCAAAAAAAAUUUCUCGAUAAAUUUUCGAAACAUGCUUUAUUUCUUCAUGGAACGGUAACAAAAAAGGAUUUCGAACAUUUGAUACAAAACUAUGUUUCAUUUCUAAAAUUGGCCAGAGAGAAGAAGUUGAUCAUUCCUACGUUUGACAUCGAUAUUAUGUGGCGUACACAUAAACGAUGGCCACAAAAAUAUCAACAAGCAACGAUGGCACUAUGCGGUCAUUUGCUCGAUCAUGAUGCCGUUAUUGAAGAUGGUGUACUCACUCAAGUAUAUGCUACAACCAAUGAAAAAUGGAAAAAAGCAUGUAACAGUAAAUAUGGUGAAAAUGUUGAUAAAAAAUACUUGUCAAAAGCGACCUAUUCUCUAAUAUUUGCUGGUGGAAAUGAUGGAGGAGACACGAGUGGUGGCUGUGAUGGAUAA